UGCCAAAUUGUGCCAAUCAUCCUCGGCGAAUAGACGACACUCUGACGGUGUCCGAGCUGGGGGAGAGAGAUGUGCAGCAGCAGGGUGAGCAUUGAUUCAUCGAUUGGUCUCAUUCCACCAAGACUUCUGUGCCUACGACCGCCUGAGAGGUCCACGUGGCAAACUUAGGUGGCCUCAGCUAAUUAGUUUAACUCUGCGUUGAACCUCCGGUUACCUCCGUUUACCUCCGGUUGCGUCCGGUUACAUAGUAGCCAUCCGAAGUGACGUCUCCACUGAACUACUACCGAAAUCACAUCGCCGGAACGAGCCUUGUCAUUGCCAUGGUGGCCGCCAUAGCCGAAUUGGAUUGAAGUACCGACAUUAUAGUCUGGACUAGGACUACAGACCCCGGGCGGGGCCCGGAGAGAUUUUGCAACAAGGGGACACAGGCUGUACCAAGAGAGAGGAUUGGAGGAGACUCAGGAGAGCACAAGCAAGCGAGCAAGUUGAAGGUUAAGGUUAGCCGAGUUAGGCAAGGAGCUUUGGGAGCCGUUCAAAGACUCAAAGGUCGAGCGAAGAUGCGAGCGACAUACCGAAGAAGCGUGGAGUCGAAGGACCGACAACGGGCGAUGGAAUCCGACCCUUCUUGCCCGGGUGGCAAUCGAAGGGGAAAGCGUAGCAGCAGAAGCCAGGAAGUCGGACGGCCAGCGGUUGCCGUGAUCAUGGCCGCCUGCCUAAUGACCGUUUUGCAUGGGAGCGAGGGGGCUCUACAUAACGUCAUUACGCAAUGGGGCCAAGCCCUCCGCAACAACGGUCCUCCCCAAGUGGAGAAGGCCUUGCUGUUCUUAACACAGCUGCACGCUCUAACGUUGGUCAGAGAUGGCGAGGCGGACGUUCACCCCAUCGCUGCGGCAGCGUAUACGGGACACUGCGUCGUAACCUAGGCUGAAGAUAAGAGUCAAGUCUACUGGUCGCUUGAGCUCGAACCAUACGCGGGCAAGACUGGAAUGUAUGAAAUGCUUCCUGGCCAAGUCGCUAACAAUUGGAAAAGCUGGACCUGUGCAAGGCCGCUGGUGGCGUACACACCAAACUAUUACUUCAAAUACAAACAAGUAGUCCCGGGACCACCAGAGAUUCCCAGCAAGAGGUACAACAGCGCUUUCAGGGAGAUCCGACGAAGGGGUUCGAACCUGCUGGGUUACAGGACUCCGGAGGAAGAGGAGGUGGUUAACUUCUUCAGUGGGGGAAGGCCUCAAGGUGCAGAGCCAGGGGUCCCAUCUUACCUCGGCGAGGCAGGUGCCGGAGAUCGGUGGUUCCUACUGGCCAUGGAGAUUUUGCCACCAACAGUGUCACUCUAUGAUACCGCAUUUAUACUGGCCUCACUGGCUACGGCACUGCAUGAUGGCUUCAUAGCCGCAAUGUAUGGCAAAUACAGUUUCCUGUUUUGGAAAGCCCAAACAGCGAUAAGGCACGGAGACUCCGUUCACAAGCCGGACCCAACUUGGACCGCUCUGGAACUGUCCGGCGAGCCCGACUACCCCGGUGGUACCGUUUGCCAGGUUCAGUCUGGAGUUUAUGCAUUGCAGAGUUACUUGAAGACGAACAGGGCAUCCUUCAUUAUCUCUAACCAUGAGAACGUGACUCGUACGUAUUCUACAAUGGAUAAAUAUGUCGAUGAUAUCAUCCAAUACAGGAAAGCCAUGGAUUUCUCGUUCAGCUUGGAAGACGCGAAGACUUUGUGUAGCACGAUUUCAAGAGACGUACACGAAAUGCUCCGGAGGAAAUACUUGAAUGCAGAGUCAUCCAGCAGAAUUGAGAGAAGCUGUAAAAAAUACGGCCGGGAAUUUUUUUUCACAGAGCUGCCAUUGUAUUCCAGCAGCCGGGGCAGAAACUCAGCAGGCAGCAGUGAUAACGAGAAGAAGUCAGACAAAGAGUACACCUCCAAGCUUCACGACCAAUGUGAAUACGCAGAUUAUUACAGAGGAUACUUCAUGGAAAGUUAUGGACUCCGAGACAGUUCAGCGAAGAGCUAUAGAGCAGCUGCCUCAUCUGGCUCCACGUGACAGAGAGAAGAGAGACACUUGGGGCCCGGGCUCAUGUUCUCUCGCCCCACCACAUCGAGUCUCUAUUAUAAUGGAAGAUAGAGAGCAGGGGCCUCCGACACUCCACUGCAAAGCAUUCUUAGUAUAUCCAGAGCUGCUAAUGGUCCCCCCCCACACAUUGAACAUGGGAAUCAGUCCAGAUGAUCAUGUUUCUGGUCCACCCAUCAGUCCAGAUGCGUUGUGUUUUGAAAUGGUGAGUACUGGAGCGCAACCACCUAGGGUUACUGCAGACGCCGGUCAGAAAAAAAUAAGGUAACAAGUCCUCGUGGACUGAAACAGACCACGGACCAAAAAAAAAAAAAAAAGUAAACACAGUUGGUAAUACUCGGUACACAGGUCGGGGAGGGAUCACAGGGUGCGAUGACAGCAUAUUAGACUGAUUGCACACAAUAUUAACAUGUCAGAGCAGAUGUAGAAUGGCUGGGCUAUGGGCUCAGCAAAGGUCACCACCAGGUAUCAUAAUGGGAGGGCUGCACCCGUAUGCAUAGACCCUGGUACUAAGGGGAUAUUAUACGUAACGAAAGGCAUGUAUAUACUAGGUUCCGUCACCCCGCCUUCGUUGCAUGUGUUCUAAAUGGGACUCUGGACCCGGUUUCCAGCAGGUGCAGCUCCCCACCCAUGUAUAAUUGGAGUCAUCCACCCAGCAACACUUCCAUCCCGACUCCCGAGCGACGAGCGUUCACUCUCCACCCUGAGGCAUGGGAUAGAGGUCACCUGGUCAGCCCCCCCCAAUGAUUGGCAAAAAGGGGACAAAAAAAAGGUUUUUUUUUGACAGCUGAACUGGGUCACAACAUGUGCUGGACGCCGUGACGGUCACUGCAGGAUGGCAGAAACUGGUUGACCAAUCACCGGCUCCGCCUUUGUGCCCGUCUCUCGCUUCGAGGAUUGUUCCCUCCCUCGUACUAGCCUCUGGAUAGGAAGGUAACCUACAUCUGCAGUCACUGUGUGGACUAUUCUGUGAAAAACGUCUAUUCUGUGAAAAAAGUCUAUCCUGAUCACGUACCAUUGACGAACUUGCCAAAUUCAAUGCCAUUGGGAGAAUUUCGACAUCCAUUUCCUGGUUUCAAACUCGGAAUCAUAAUUUCCCUGGGACUAAUCCUUGGGCCUCUAUUCCACUUCUUUCUUCUUUCUUCGUCCUUUCUUUCUUUCUUUCGUUAUCUAUUGUGUUGCUUGGACUUCGUCCUUCUUUCCUUUUUUCCAAGAAUUUCUUAAAUUAUCCUUUUUUGUUAAUUGAUUUAAUUCUAUUUUUGUUUAUUGGGUGCUCACAGGACCCACCCCUACCUACCUCAUCCUUCUGCUUCCUUAGUGUAACCUCUUCUUCCCAGGAGCACUUCAAGUUGUUGGCCCUACCUCGGAUAUACCAGACAGUGGUUGCAGACACCAGCGCUAGGCCAGGACAAACCUCUCCCAGAGUCCCAGCCCUAGUUGAGCCACUAUCGAGCGAACCUUGUCGCACGGGCACUUGGGUCGCUGAGCAUGAUAAUUGUUCUUUCUCUUUUUCCUCCUCCGAGUCGUGCCCUUUCCUUCUUCCCUCUUCUGUCUUCCCUCGUUUCUCUUCCUUCCUCCUUUCUCUUCCUCUUUUCUCUUCCUCCUUCCGCUCUCUCUGGCUCGUCCCCUAAACGGCUACCGGUAGUUCUGCUGUCAGGUUACGAUCAAAUCACCCGGG